AUGAAGCGAGCGGCGGCGCUGCGGCAGGUCUCGGACUGGAGCGACUUGGCGCGCGGCCGCCGCCUGCGGGAGCUGCUGGGCGCGCGCCGCCCGGGCCGGGCUGCCCGCCGCGUGGUGUCCAGCCCCGACGGCCGGCAUCUGCUGCUGCUGCUGCUGCUGCGGGACCCGCCGGCUGGCCCCGCCCGCGUCGUGGCCUUGCAGCGCCUGGGCCCCGGGGGGGGCGGCCUGGAGCGGAGCUGGGAGCCGCCCCAGCUGCCCGUGGCGGGGCUCCUUUUCGUGCAGAGCGGCGCGGGGCCGGCUCCGUGGGCGCUGGCGAUCGUGGGGGAGCAGGGCCGCACCGAGCUCUGGCGCUUCGUGCCCGCGGCCGGGUGGCGCCUGCUGCAGAGUCUGGAGCUGUGCUGCGGGGCCCGGGCCCGGGUGGUCUCCAUCUGCAGCCGGGGUAGCCGCCUGGUGUGGUGCGAGGAGAGGCCGCCGCUGAACACCCCGCUCACCCCCGAGAAGGGAGCCUUCCGGUACUGCAUCUGCACGGGAGACCUUCAGGUCGGUGAGGACGGCGCCCGGCUCAGCCCCCUGCGGGUCGUCUUACACAACAGCCCUGCUUACCAAGUGCUGGCCGCCUCCUCUGGGGUGUUUCUGGUGCCCACCCCAGCCACUUUCUCCGGGGUGGCCAAGUGCGUCCUGAUAUGGCGGCCGGAAAAUACCGACAUCGUUGUUGCGGCUCCGUCCAGAGGGUGCAUUUGCACUGAAGUGUUGCAUCCUGGCAGGGAAGUUGACUAUAAGAAGCUCAUCCUGGGAUACGUGGGCAUUCUGGCGUCCAUGGCGAUUUUGGAUAUUCGCGGCUGUAGCCUCUCCAGCAGCAAAGGGCUCCUCCUUGUCACCAGCUCAGGCACUGUGGACUUGGUUCAAUCUAAUGGACUGUGGAGGCCUGUUUUUGACUUUGGAGAAAGUGCCUUGGCCCCAGGGGAGGAGGUCCAGUUGAAAGUAUUUGGGGACACGCUCGCUUGCUUGCUGGGAGGUGUUCUUUAUCUUGUGGACUUGAACAGUGGACAGCUGCUGGAAAAGAAACUCCUGAGCACAGAAAUGCUUUUCUUGGAUUUCCAUGGAGAGGAGGAAGAGGCCGCCGUGGUGCAGCUUCUUGCCCCAGAUGGCAUUUAUCACCUUGACUUCUCUGGGACUGACAAAGACAGCCAACCUGAGCCCACCCUGGUGGAGGUGGUCUUUGAAGAGGCGUGCAAGUACUAUCAGCGGCGGAGUCUUAGCAGCUCCCAACUCACUGUGGAGAAAUUAAAGAAGGGGGGCAUGUUUCAGGCUCCCGUUGCUCUUUCCGCCAUCCUGUGCCAUAGCCUUGCUUCGAAGGACAAGAGGACCGGGGCCCUCCCAGAGCCUUAUGCCAAGCUUUUGAGCACGAUGCAGUUAGAGUUGCAGAGCUACCAGAACCUGGAAUUCCUCAAGUCGUGUGUGGUUGGGGCCUCCGAAAGCGAGGUGGACAGCUAUGGCGAGGAGCUGGUAGAACAGGAGCUUAACCGCCUUGUGCGCUUGGAUUUAAACAGGGAGAACCUGGCUUACAUGAAUGCCAUCUUCAGCUCCUUCCCUGUGGCCUCCUGGAAAGCGAUCCAGAACCAUCUGCAACUGCAACAGAAUGGCGAGGGUCUGUUGAUAGCCAGAGCCACCCCAGAUGUGUGGAAGAAAAUUCUAGGGGGGCCUGUGCCCGGCCUGUGCAAGCAAGAGGCCUCUCUGAAUGGGGUGGUCCCCCUCUUUGAACUCAUCUGUCUGUCUCUUUAUCAGUUCAAGCCUAAAUGGCUGCCAAGGUUUGUGGAGCUAUCCCAGCAGUAUGUGGGUACUUCUUGGGCAUACAAGGAGGGCCCUGAGGGUGGGGUGCCCCUUUAUAAGAGAGCGCUAGCUGUGCUGACGAGGAAGGGUAGCUGCUCUGUGGCCUAUCCAGAAAUGGAGAUUGAGCUCCUCCUGUGCAGCCAGCGGCCCAAAGCCAUCUUGCAGGCCUUGGACCUCCUUAUCCGCCACAGGAGAUGGCAGCGUGUGAUGGAUGCAGCGGAGAAAUUCUCUAGGCUGAGCCCUUUGCUGAACAAAGAAAUUUUUAUUGUCCUCUUGGGAGAGUUUGCCCAGCACAGGGCACUGGACCCUUACUUGGACACGUUGUGGGAGCUCUGCCCUGCAGAUCUAAGUGCUUCUGACAUACUGAGCAUUAUUCAACAGCAUUUGCCCCAAACAGAACUUGACCACCCACCGUUUCUCCCAGGUGGGUCACCGCAACUGACUGUCGGCUUGCUCAAGCCGCUGUUGCACCGUCUGGCACGCUGCUCAGCUGGCCAGGAUGAAAUCUAUGCUGAUGUCUUACAAGGGCCUGGUUUUCCUCCUCCAACCCCACCUAGGCAGCACCGAGUUGCUCCAAAGACAGCUGCUGCUCAGGAGGAGCACGUGCAAAGGACUGAGCCCUUUCACAACCACACACAAGGCACAUUAUUUGAGGGGGUGUGAACUUG